AUGGAGCGGUGGCUGUUGGUUACGGUUCUUCUCUCGUCAGCUUCAGGUGCUGUUGGGGAAGACGGCUGGGACUUGGUGGUACCAGCGGAGGUCAGGGGUAGGGAGGGGUACCCCAUGGUCCUGCCCUGCUCCUUCAGCCACCCCCUACACUCCCAUCAUGCAUCACUGCAGGUGAGCUGGAGGCGGGGCCACAGUCCAGACUCUGUCCUGGUGUUUCAUUGUGUGAGCCACAGCGAGGGGGAGGGGUGUGAGGCGGGACUGCACCAGGACCAGAGGUACCGUCUGGAAGGAAACCCACGAGAACACGACCUGUCCCUGCGCAUCAGCAGCACCACCCUGCAGGACAGCGGCCGCUACUACUGUCAACUGGACACACAGGGAAAACAGCACCGGGAGCGGGGCGGGACCAGGGUCCGGAUCGAAGCUCCUCCACGGAUCAUGUCUCUGACUCUGGAGAGCGGGCCCUCAGACUGCAGCUUUGGGGCCGUGUGUCGGGUCCAAGGCUCUCCACUACCGGACGUGCAGUGGCUGGAGCCUGAGGGGGUCUCUGCUGUAACCCAGACCCCGGAGCACCAGGAGGAACCCCACUCCCACGCCAAGAGCCGCCUGGCCCCUGUGAGGCCCCGCACCCACUACACCUGCACCGCCACCAACCCUCUGGGACGAGACCAGGCCACACUGUACUACCUGCAGCCCCCUCCCUGCACCAGGGUAGGGUCCGGCACCAGGUGGAGGGGCGGGCUGGUCCUGCUGCUGGUCCUCAGUCUGGGAUCCAAGGCCACUCUGGUGAUCGGGCUCGGGCUGUGGAUGCUGAGGAGAGGGCGGCUGCAGAACCCCCACUGCCUCUCCCUCAAACACAGAGAUCGUCAUUAG